AUGUCAAGAAUCGGAAGAACUCGUCAAAUAUUAUCAGCACUUUCUGUUAACUUACUGGCUUUCUCUAUGGGAGCAAGUAUAGCAUCGCCAUCAUAUUACACAAAAUUUUUGGGAUCUGAGGAAAGCGAUCUCGAAACAGGACCUCUGUCACCGAAAGAAACGGAACUAAUCAUAUCCCUGUACAAUAUGGGUGGAAUAGUGGGUGCAGUUUUAUUUGCCUACAUUUCAAGAGUCAUCGGAAGGAAAAUGAUAUUGAAAAUGGUAUCUGCACUACAUUUCAUUGCUUACAUUCUAAUUGCAUAUGCAUAUUCUGGAGUGAUGAUUAUGGCUUCACAAUUUGUGCUUGGCAUAGCAGCUAGUGGAAUUACCAUUACAAUACCAUUGUUUGUUUGCGAAAUUGCUGAAGAUAACAAUCGUGGUGCACUUGGCCUAAUGUUUUCAUUAUUGAAGAGCUUCGGUGUUGUAUUCAGCUUGAGUCUCGGAUCAGUUCUGAAUUAUUAUUACGUUGUUUGGAUGUUCAUGCUCUUUCCUGCUCUUUACUUAUUUUCAACACAAUUUUGGUAUGAAAGUGCUUUCUACAAAAUUCGAUCUGAGGGUGCAUGUAAAGCCAAAAACUCAUUGAUGUUCUAUCGUGGCGUCAAAUCAGCGGACACCAAUAGUGUUCAGGUCGAGUUUGACAGUUUGCAGCAAUUUAUUAAAUUCUACGAUGGAACGGAUAGGGAUAUAAAAAUAUUCGAUUUUUUGACAAAGGCAGUGAGAAAAUCAAUUAUUAUUGGCGUAGUUCUGGUCGCAAUGGAACAAUUUUCCGGAUACUCUUUCAUCAUUGUUAAAGCUGGCACAAUAUUUCAGCAUGCCGAAACAAUAUCACCGGAAAUUGCUGCAAUUUUUGCUGAAUUCUUUCAAAUUUUCGGCAUUCUCAUUUCGAUUAUUUUUGUUGAUUCUGUUGGACGAAAGAUUAUGAUUUCAUUGUCAUCAAUCGGUGUGGCUAUUGGUAUCCUGAUUUAUGGUCUCAGUGAAUAUUUUAUGAUGACAAAAAAUCUUUCAAUCAUUGGACUAUCAAUAACAAUUUUUUGUUAUGGCAUCGGCAUGGUUUCAUUACCUUACGUCGUAAUAUCUGAAAUAUGUCCAUUUAAUAUUCGAGGAACUAUAAUCGCAUUAUGUGUUACAUUUUCAUGGGUAUUUAGAGUUGUGCUAGUCAAAUUACAUGCAUUGUUCCUUGAGGCAUUUGGUUCGGAUACUAUUUCAUAUUAUUUCAUUAUUAACUGCAUUCUUGGUGCUUGUUUUGUUAUCUCUUAUGUACCAGAAACGAAGAAGAAGAGUCUCUUGGAAAUUAGUCAUAUUAUGCAGAGAUGA